AUCGCACUGCCGCGUGUUUUGUUCCAUCUUCCUCGUGGCGACGGAAGACGGCUGGCAACAAAAGGUUCUCAAUCGCCCAUACAAUCAUAUCAGCGCUCUCAGCGUCGAACCUCAGUCACUCCUUUUCAAAUCACUAAACAUCUAAUACAUAAUACUAUAAUCAACAUGGAGUCCAAGCUCCGCAGCACUUUAAUGGCAUCGAUUCUAUGGACCACAGCAACAGCGGCGCCACCCGCUAGUGGUCCGAUCAAGUACACCGAUUUACUGAACUCGACGAUCCCGAAUGCACCAACGAACCUCACGAACCUUUUCCUUCCGGGUCUCGCACCAUCUGAACUGAUCCAAUCUUCAGCAUGCAAAGUAUACCCAGAAGACGCAAACUGGCCGUCCGACUCAGCAUGGGAAGCUCUAAACAAGGUCACCGACAAUCGCUUACUCACCAGACCGUCUCCUCAAGCAUCAGUCUGCUAUGAUGGUCCUCUCUACGAUCCGGAAAAAUGCGCAGAGCUGACAGCCACGUGGAGCAGCUCAUACUCUCACUACAUCGACCCCGUGGAGAUGAUGAGCCCUGUGGCUCAAGGUAUGACAUGCAUGCCUCCUAAUGUCUUCGACAGCCAUAACUGCACCCGAGGAGGUUUCCCAGCAUACGUUAUCAAUGCAACCGAGCCAAAGCACGUGCAGCUAGGUGUCAACUUUGCCAGGAACACGGGUGUGAGACUUGUGGUCAAGAACACAGGACAUGACUUCUUGGGGAAAUCUGGAGGAAAGGACGCAUUGAGUAUUUGGACUCAUCAUUUCAAGAGCAUCGAGUACAUCGAGGAGUAUACAGAUGAGAGUCUGAAGUGGUCUGGACCGGCGUUCAAGUCUGGCGUCGGCGUUCAAGCGUUUGAGAUAUACAAGUUCGCGCAUGAGAAGGGCCAUUCUGUUGUCGGGGGAGAGGGUGAGACGGUUGGCGUUAUGGGUGGUUACAUUCAAGGAGGUGGUCAUUCGCCCUUGACUUCCCUAUACGGCACAGGUGCUGACCAGGUUCUUUCUUUCGACGUCAUCACAGCAGCCGGUGAUUUCAUCACCGCAAACUCGACCUCUUACACUGACAUCUUCUGGGCCAUGCGUGGCGGCGGCGGCUCAACCUUUGGCGUCGCGACCUCUGUGACUGUCAAAGCUUUCCCUGACCACCCAACAACUGCAUCCCGCUUCAGCUUCACAUCCGAAAAGAUUGGAAACGAGACCUUCUGGGCUGGAGUCCGAUCAUACGUCGACUCCUUCAUCCCGAAUGCCGAUGCCGGAACCUACUCCUACUUCACUCUCAUUCCCAACGUCUGGACAGGAAUCUUCACUUUCAAUAUGUCGCCCUUCUUUGCGCCUAACAAAACCCUCGAGGAAACAAAGGCUCUUCUCCAACCCUGGUUCACCGAGCUCGGCAACCUCGGAAUCACUUUCGACCCAAACAUCACGCACUUUGACAACUACUACGACGCGUGGCGCUCCUCGUUCCCGCUCGAAGUCGUCUCCAAAGUGAACGCUACAACGAGCUCUCGCAUGUUCCCCCGAGCCAACUUUGAAACCGCGGAUAAACGCGAAGAGCUGUACCAGAACCUCCGUCAAUCGAGCGAGAACAAUAGAGUUCAGGUUCACUUCAACAUCAAAGCCGUCGACCCCCUCAACACUGACAACGCCGUGAACUCAGCGUGGCGCGAAAACAUACUUUUCGCACAGCAGGCGGUAAGAUGGCCUGUCAAUGGUACUGCUGAGGAGAUUCUUCGUAUUCGCCAGGAAUUCCAGACGGGAGAUAUGCAGCGCUGGAGGGAUAUCAGUCCCGGAGCUGGAGCGUACCUUGCCGAGGCGGAUCGACUUGAACCCAACUUUGGACAAGCUUUCUGGGGUGACAAGUACGACAAGUUGGUGGAGCUUAAGCGAAAACUAGAUCCAUAUGAUGUAUUCUUUGCCACUACGUCAGUUGGUAGUGAGAGGUGGAAGGUCCACAGCGUGGAUGGACUACCGAACGAGAAUGGGAAACUGUGUCGCGUAGAUGCAGAGUGAAUCAGGAAGAUUCAUAUUUUCAAGUUGUAGUUCCGGUAUAGAUAACUUUUUCGUUUGUGUUUUACUUCUCAUCUUUUUUCUUAGCGUUUUUGCACAGUACAUCUAUUUAUGUGGACCUCUGCAUCACCAGCCUCAGCAGCGUCAUUGAUCAUAAAGAUCAUCUAGCGAACUAUGUCUCUAUCUGUGGAAACAAAAUGAACGUAAAGCACUCCUUGAGUAUUGAAGAUUGACGCUCUGCACGCCACUUGGCAUCUGCAAGUUCUCCUCCACUGCAUGAGCAUAUACACAGGCUGUAAAUAUACACCCCGUGUUGUGCCAGAUCUCAUUGAUCGCCAUAGCAGCAAUCACAAUCACAAAACCCACUCUCCUGCAAUCACCACCACUCACUCCCUCCCUCUCCCUCCCCAUCCAUUACAAACCCAAAACCAACACUCAACUCCUCAUCUCACCCUCACCGCCCUCAAAAAACCCUGCAAACCACGUGCCGAAUGCAAAAUCCUACAGCCCUACCCCCUUCGUUCCAGACUCCGAAUCCCAACACACACGCACACACGUCUCAUCUGAGUCUGACUCUCACCUGGACGCCCCCUUCUUUCUUACAUCCAGCCUUACGCCACUGUUUACAAAUAUGAAUCAGCGUGCCCCCGUACCCCCCGCAUAUUCCUUCGUCGUCUUACUGCAUACACCCUUUU